UACUCAACUGGAAGGAAGAUCAUUCAGCACCACGACUAGCUAGAGACCGCGCACGUCAACCCCUUCCAUCCAUGGCCGACUACAACCGCUACGACCACGGCCAUGGCCAAGGAUACGGCCAGGGCUACGGCGGUUACCCGCCAUCCGCACCUCCAGCGCGUGUGCCCGCGCCCUCCUCCUCGUCGCCGUACGGCUACCGCUACGGGCAAGGAGGAGGCUACCCGCCGCCCGCGCCUGUGCCGGCGUCCUCCUCGUCGUCGUCGCCGUACGGCUACGGCCAAGGAGGAGGCUACCGGCCGCCAGCGCCCUCCUCGUCGUCGCCGUACGGCCACGGCUAUGGCCAAGGAGGAGGGUACCCGCCGUCCGCCCCUGUGCCCGUCUCCUCGUCGCCGUCGCCAUAUGGCUACGGCUACGGCCAAGGAGGAGGCUACCCGCCGACGAUGGGGAGUUUCGGGGGAGGAGCCGUGGCGUUCCCGCCGGGGACGCACCCGGACGUGGAGCGUGCGUUCCGGGCCGCCGACCGCGACGGCAGCGGCAGGAUCGACGAGCGCGAGCUGCAGGACGCGCUCUCCGACACCUACCAUCGCUUCAGCAUCCGCACCGUCCGCCUCCUCAUGUCCUUCUCCCAAAACACUCGUGCCUCCUCGCCGCCCCAGAUGGGGCCAGCGGACUUCGUGUCGCUGUGGAACUGCCUUGGGCAAUGGCGGGGCAUUUUCGACAGGUACGAUAGGGACCGUAGCGGAAGAAUCGACUCCAAUGAGUUGAAUCAAGCUCUUCGUGGUCUCGGAUACGCAGUCCCACCUUCGGUCAUUGAAGCCCUUAUAGCGAACUAUAACGAUGGUGCGUCCCGACGCGGCGCGCUUGACUUUGACAACUUUGUAGAAUGUGGAAUGAUUGUCAAGGGUCUGACUGAUAAAUUCAAGGAGAAGGAUAUGCGCUACACUGGCUCGGCGGCUCUUACGUAUGACAGCUUCUUGUCGAUUGUCAUCCCCUUCAUUGUCCCUUAGCAUGUACUUGUGUGACAAAGCGAAGCUGUAGAUUUUGAGCGUUUGUAAAUGAAACAAGAGCGAAGCUGUACAUUUUGAGUGUUUGUAAAUGAAACAAGAACGAAGCUGUAGAUUUUGAGUGUUUGUAAAUGAAACAAGCCUGUGGGUUGUCCAUAUGUGUGUGACAUUUGGCUUUCAACUUGCAUUUACAGUUCUAGAACCAUGGCA